AUGAGCGAUGACCUGUACGCGUACGUGCUGCGUCACACGCGCGAGCCCGCGGUGCUGCGCGCGCUGCGAGAGGAGACGAGCGCGCUGCGCGGCGCGCGCAUGCAGGUGGCGCCGGAGCAGGGCGCGCUGCUGGCGCUCGCGGUGGAGAUGAUCGGCGCGCGGCGCGUCGUCGAGAUCGGCACGUACACCGGGUACAGCUCGAUCGCGAUGGCGCUCGCGAUGCGAGGCGAGGGAGCGCUGUACGCGUGCGAUAAGAGCGAGGAAGCGCUGGCGACGGCGAGACGGUAUUGGGCGCGCGCGGGGGUCGAGGGGAUCGUAAAGGAGAAGUUUGGCGACGCGAAGGAGAGCGUGAGGGAGUUGUUGGACGCGCACGGGGCGGGGUCGUUCGAUUUAGGGUUCAUAGAUGCCGAUAAACGCGCGUAUAGGGAGUAUUACGAGGCGCUGCUCGAGCUCGUGCGGCCGGGCGGUUUGAUAAUCGUGGACAACGUGCUGUGGUACGGUAAAGUCGCCGACGCCGAGGUGAACGAUAAACAGACCGAGGCCAUUCGCGCGUUCAACGAGUUCGUCGCCGGGGACGAACGCGUGAGUUAUAGUAUGAUUCCCGUCGGCGACGGCUUGAGCUUUUGCCGAAAACGGUAG